AGCAAGACCGACGCUUGCAAGGCCAUGUCGGGUCGCUGUGAUGACCGCUGCAACCGCAACGAGACGCCCUUUGACGGGUUGUGCGUGGGCGGAGGCUGCCGCUGCUGCGUCCCAGAUGAACCCCAAGGAGAUUGUCCCGCUGCGACCGAAUGCUCGAAGUGGAGCGGCAGGUGUUCCAAGAAAUGCGACGACGACGAGGAGGACCUCCACGGCUUGUGCGGCGAUGGCGACGAGGAAGACGACGACGACGACGAGGAAGACUGCACCUGCUGCGUUAAAGCCUCCCCCUGCGAGAGGACUGAGGAUUGCAAGGACUUGGGAGGCCAUUGCUCCGCCAGUUGCAAGGAGGAGGAGCUUGGAUUCCCGGAGCUGUGUGAAGGAGAUUGCAAAUGUUGCAUCAAAGAGAAACCUUGCAGCAAGACAGCGGCGUGCAAGGCAAUCUCUGGUCGCUGUGACGAAAAGUGCAACCGCAUGGAGAAGCCUUAUGAGGGGCUGUGUGUGGGGGGAGGCUGUCAGUGUUGCGUCAGAGAGUGCAAAAGGACCGACGCCUGCAAGGAGAUGCGCGGCCGAUGCGACCGCCGCUGCAACAGGAACGAAUUCCCUUUGCUCGGCUACUGCACCGGGGAGGGCUGCUUCUGCUGCGUCAGAGAACGUCCGUCAACAACAACGACCGUCAGCACAACGUUAACAACGACGACGUCGAUCGUUACCUCUACAACUACGUCUUCAACAACAACGUCGACCGUCAGCACUACGUUUACAACAACAACGUCGACCGUCAGCACUACGUCUACAACAACAACGUCGACCGUCAGCACUACGUCUUCAACAACAACGUCGACCGUUACGUCUACAACAACGUCAACAACAACGACAACAACUCCCGUCCCAUGCAACGCCACAGCGGACUGCGAGUACCUGAAGGGCGAGUGCCGCCUCAGUUGUCCACUGGGCACUCGGGAGCUUCCAGGAUGCGUGGGUCCCUGUGUGUGCUGUGUGCCUGACGACGGACUGUGCCUCAACACCUCGUCAGAGUGCCAGGGCGUCGGAGGAACUUGCGUGCUGCCGGGUCCUCAGCUGGCCCUCCAGUGCGAUGCCGUCGACCUCAACCUUUGUCCGUCGGACUCUUCGCCGUGUGCCUGCUGCGUCGAUUGCACACAGCAGACAGAUGCUACGUGCAAGAUCCGAUAUAACGGUUCAUGCAAAGCCGAGUGCAACACGAUGGAACUGGCUCUCGGAACCUGCCAGGAAGGCUGCAGCUGCUGCGGGUGCGAGACCACGGGGGAGUGUGACGCCCUGGGGGGGAGGUGUGUGUCGGCGGAGGCGCACUGCAACGGGAACCUGACGGGGGAGUGUGCGGGCGAGAGCUGCUUCUGCUGCCUGCCGAAUGCCGCCGGCGAGAGGUGCUGGUGGGACAGCCCGAGGUGCCUGGAGAUUGCCGGGCGCUGCGCCCCCUCGUGUGGCGCGGCCGAGACGGGCGUCGAGGGGCUCUGCGGCGACGGGGGCUGCGUCUGCUGCACUUCCGACCCAUCGCCCUGUCUUCAGAGUACUCUAUGUGGCAAGAUCGGCGGUACGUGUCAGUCUGAAUGUCCAAGCUACAUGGCGAGCACGGGGGAUCUGUGUCCAGGACCGGAGUGUUCGUGCUGUUAUCUGCCUUAAUCGCAAUGAGAUAAAA